AUGUACGCACUUGUCAUUUGGUGCAGUUUUGAAAAGCCACCUCCUGCCCUAGUUGGACCAUUGCAAGUGAAUAAAAAGCUUCAGAGUGAAAAAAGAAUCUUCAUGGGACAACUGAAGAUAACCAAGAUUGUAGUAAGUGAUAUCUACACUGGUACUGUGGAUGGGAAACUGUGGAUGAUCAGUGGUGACCAGCUGCAUUUCAUUACUCAAAUGGGGCAGAAUAUUCCUGACUAUGAAACUCCAGACUAUGAACCAGUGUGUGGCUGGCCCCAUGGAGUCUGAAUGGAUCAGGAUGGUAACCUGAUUGUGGUGGAUUCUUAUUCAGGCCUAUACAAAGUCAGUCCAAGGACAGGAGAGAAAACCCUCCUGCUAUCGAGUUAAAAAGGUGUGGAUGGACUUCCUUUCAAAUUUCUAAAUGGAUUAGAAAUAUCAAAGAAAAAUUUGAUUUAUUUUAUGGAUUCAAGUAGCAAGUGGGAAAGACCACAUCACAGAUAUGAGGUGAUCGAAAUAAACCAUCUUGCUCGCCUCUUGGCCUAUGACCCUGUAACCAGAAGAGGAAGAACGUUGCUCAGUGGCUUGUACACGGCAAAGGGGAUUGCACUGUCUCCCGAUGAAGAUCACAUAUUAAUAGCAGAAACCAGCAUAUGUAACUCAUGCGGUAUCUAUUGGGUGAGUGGAGCUAAUGCAGGGAAAAAAGUUGUUUUUGUGGACAACCUGCCUGGUUAUUCAGACAACAUCAGAUUAUCAAACAUGGGUUUAUACAGAGUUGGAAUAUCUACUACUCGCUUUCCUGGUUUCUUUUCUCCUUUCCUGGAUGCUUUAGGACCAUAUCCAUUUCUGAAGAGAUCUAUUACAAAGGUGACUCCUUUAUCGUUCUACAGUGUUUUUCUUCACAAACACAGCUUGUUCUUAGAAACUAAUGACAAAGGAGACAUUGUGGCAAGCUUCCAUGACCCCGAUGGUAGUGUCACUUGGACUGUCAGUGACACCUUUAAGCAUGAUGGGAAGGUGUAUGUAGAUAAUACAGACCUGCCUUUUCUUGUGGUGCAGCAGUAAACUUUCAAAUUCUCAUGAGGUGGAGCAUCAAAAGAAAGAUAGCAGUGUUGGUUCCAGCAGCUGUUAAAUAUUUUUCUCUACUUAAUGAAAGACUGCUACGCCACUGAAGGAGAAAUGAAACUGAUACCACAUGGUUAAGCAGAAAUGAA